GAGACGUGAGCACAAGCCAUCGGGGCGAUGGUGACUGGGUUGCUGCUCAAGGCGAGCUCUUCCACAGCAGCGUCGCCCAGCCUGGACGAGGCUGAUGCCGUGAAGCUCGCAAGGCAGAUCGGGCACGAGAAUGGGGUUCUGCAGGAACUCCUUGCUCGGCAGGAAGCGCUCUUGCACAGCCUGUCAGAAGCUCUUGGAGAUGAUCUGAAGGGCGAAACGCCUCAGCUCAAGGUCUACAGCCCUGCGCACAGCCCAAAGGCGGACUGCUUUGAGAGGCACUCGAAUGCAUCGGACCUGAGAUCGGACCCGAUGCUGAACAGUGAGCAGGAAGCGGAAGAGGAGCUGGCGCCCCCGAACGGGGAGGAGAAUAUGUGGCCGGAGGCUAGUCCCAAGCGCUCCAAGAGGGAGUCCUUCUUUGCCGCUGGAGCCGACCUUUUCGCCUUCUCCGCGCCGUCCACAAACUCCAAGGCCUCAGUCCUGAAGAAGCGAACCUUCUCGUCCUCUCUAGCUGGGAAGGCGAAGGGGACCAACAUCCCUUUGCUGCAGCGAUGUCUCCACAAGCUGGUGGCCAUCAUUACCUGGUUUCAGGAGCUGAAGGAGCCAGACAGGCCGUCCUGCUUUGCCCGCAUCGUGGACAGCAACAACUUUUCGACCUUCUGCCUCCUGGUCAUUCUGAGCAAUGCGGUUCUGAUCAUCAUCGUGUCGGACUUCGAGCUGCAGAACCUCGGGGCCUCCAUCCCCCAGACCUGGGAGGUUAUGGAACUCGCUUUCACGGCGUGGUAUGGCAUAGAGCUCUUUCUGAAGCUCUUAGUCCAUCGACUGUACUUCUUUGCAAACGAUGAGUUCCGCUGGAACAUCUUCGACUUCUGCCUGGUGGUAUUUUCGGUUAUCGAAGUUGCGAUGUCGCGGAUCGUUCUCAUACAGCAAGAAUCUGACCAGAAGAAUGGAGGUCUGAAUGUGGGUUUCCUGCGGCUGCUCCGGCUAACGAAACUUGCGAAGGUGCUCCGUGUCUUCCGGACCCUAAAGUUCUUCACCGAGCUGCGCCUCAUGCUGGAUUGCGUUCUGGGUUCCUUUCUGCAGAUCUUCUGGUGCUUAGCCAUGAUCAUGUUUGUGCUCUACGUGUUCUCCUUGCUGAUCGUGCAGGGCAUCGCUGACUUUCUGCUUACAGCCGAGCCGUUGGAUCCCGAAUACACCCGCUUGCUCAUGCAACACUUUGGAUCUGUAGGCGAGUGCAUCAUGACUCUAUUCCAGUCAACCACUGCUGGGCUAGACUGGCGGGAAGCCUUUGAGCUGCUCCGCAAGGGCGGCCCUUUCCUGGCCUUGGUGUUCUUGGUUUACAUCAGCAUUUUCACCAUCUCGGUUUGGAAUAUCGUCACCUCGACCUUCGUUGAGAAGGCCACCAAGCUGGCGAAGCCGGAUAUGGACUCCAUGCUCCUGGAGCAGUCCAUGAGGGAUUUGCAAGACACGGAAGAGCUGGAGAAGCUUUUCCGGCCCUAUGCGUCGCCCGGAAAGGAUGGAGAGGAGCAGAUCUCGCUACAAGACCUGCAGGAUGCUGCUGACGAAGCAGAGUUCCUUCUGUACUUGCAGGUUCGAGGCAUUGACGUCAAGAAUGUCAAGCUAUUCUUCUACAUGCUGGGCACGAUGCACAAGGACACGGUGAUUGACCUCAAGGCCCUGGUCAGAGCUUGCGUCCGCAUGAAGGGCUUCGCCACGAGCAUCGACCUGCAGUCUGUGUCCUUUGAAGCCAAGAUGAUGCACAGCCAAGUCAAGGACCAUUUGAAGGUGGUGGAGGAGAAGCUGGAAAGCAUCCAGGUCAUGAUAACGUCCAACGCCAGUUCCUUAAGCCUGCCACCUGUUCGACCUCAGGCGCCUGGGCUGAGACACAGCGGCUUGGCAGCUUGCCUGGCACCUGGAAUCUCAAUGGAAGCGCGUGCCAAGGUCGGGUGAUGCAAAGGGAGAGGAGCCCCAUCGAGGAAGCCAGAGUGUGAUGCUCGAGUGCUCGAGCUGCGGUGAAGAAAGGCCCUGGCUAAGCCAACGGGCCUUGUGCUUCGGGUGGUUUUUAGUUGGACAGCCCAACAUGGGUUGGGGUGAUAGGCCCUUGGGGGAUCAGUCUUUGCACAUCCGGCGAAUGACUGGGUAGGCGCAUCAUGUCGCCCCAGCAGUCUCACCCACAAGCGCCGAAGCUGCGUUUUGUCCGGUUUACAGUUUUUGGAAGUUUUCUGUUUGCCCGU